AUGUCUCUGAAAAAGAAAUCCCGCUGCAAGGAUAGGAUUCAGAAUAUCCUUGACAUCUACGAUAGUGGAAGACCACUAUUCCCACGCUCGCUACUACAGGAUCUGGACAAUCAGAUCGCAAAGGGGUGCAAAAAGAUUUACAUUGAAGAUUAUGACGGCCAACGACGUGAAUUCGACUUUACGCCGUCAUCUCGGUGUAGAGAUGAGAUCAAUGGGUCUUGCAUUCGGUAUAACUGCAUCCAAUCUCUUACAAAUCUCAGCCCAGUCGCACGGCUAGAUGCGAAUCAGCCUCCAGUGUCGAUCUGCCACACGCAUCAUUACGGCCAGCCCAAGGAUUCGAUUGCGGAGAUUGCUGCGGGGUAUCGAGAUCAGUGCGAGGUGUGGAGAAAGAGCGAGACGUAUCAAUCGUUGAAACGGGGAUUGAUGGAGUUGAAAUGCUCGACCGCUACUUCAAUUGAUAAAGUCGUCUGCUUUGGUCUGGGCUCGCUCGGUCGACUUGAUAAUUGCAGUUCGAUUCGCUCGCACACGCAACAUGCCGCAGUCGAAACGAUGGUACAGGUUUUCGGGGCGGGGGUGAAGUGCUACGCUCAAGAACCGGUGUAUGACGAUAUCGACAAGAAGUUCCUAACGAGUAUCGGAAUAACGCCACUGGAUGAUCCAAAAGGUUUCUUGGAGGUUGAGUCGAAGACGCUGGUGUUUUCUGUCAAUCCGAAUAUACCAGUGAAACAGAUUGUGGCGGAUGGAGAGUGGCCGGCGGGGAUGGUGUGGAAUACAGUCGAGGCAGAUGAAGAAGCGACAGAGUGGAAGAAAGAGCAUUUUGAUGGAGAUGAGAUUUGGGUGAGUCCGUAUACAACUGAUCCGGAUUCAUCGAGGGUGCGGUCGAUGGUGGAGGGAUAUCAGCAGGCGGCAUUGCAUGAUGUGGAUGAUUACUUUGGAGACUUGACAAUUUACAUGAGAUGA